AUGAAGAAUUUUCCAGUGUUCGUGUUUCCCGUGUCAUUAGAAUUUUAUUUGAAUGCCAGACAUACCCACAAACAGUUAUUAACUGUGUACAAUCCAUACGACUUUUCAGUAAAUUUUCAAGUGCUAUGUACGUCACCAAACAAAUUUACAGUUAUCGAUCCAGAUGGUGUAAUAGCACCUCAAAGUUGUAUAGAUAUUGUUGUUCGCUACACACAACCAUCACUAACGCACUGCAAUACAGUUGAAAAGUUUAGGAUAACUAUGUAUGACAAGAACACCCAUCAGGCUCUAGGUAAAAGAGACAUACCAACAAAAUUGAUAGAAGGGGAACCCUUGAGCAUCAAUCAAGAGAGUUUAGGAGAUAGCUUUCACCCCUUAACAUCUCCUCGCCCAGCACUAGUAAGAUCUAUUGAUGAUGCGACCAAAGUUACAAGCAGUCAUCAUAGGGAUCAACAGCCUAUAAAUGUAGUAGCAGUGGUAGUAAGUAUAUGUUGUAUAGCUGCUCUUCUUCUGCCUACGCAGCCCGACCAAGUUGUAAAAUCACAAUUACCAGAGUGGCUCCAUGUUGGGUCUAAUCUAAAAUUAGUGUUCUCUUUUGUUUUGGGAUUAGUUAGCAUGCUAGUUUUGCGGCCUUAG